AUGGGCCUGCAGCUGCACUGGAUGAGAGACAAACAAGGUGGGGGCUACGAGGGGGCUACGAGGCUGCAGGGGGGCUGCGAGGCGCAGGGGGCCGCAGGGGGGGCUACGAGGCUGCAGGGGGGCUACGAGGCUGCAGGGGGGCUACGAGGGGGGGGCUACGAGGCUGCAGGGGGGCUACGAGGCUGCAAGGGGGCUGCGAGGCUGCAGGGGGACUACGAGGCUGCGGGGGGGGGCUGCGAGGCUGCAGGGGGCUACGAGGCUGCAGGGGGCUGCGAGGCUGCAGGGGGCUACGAGGCUGCAAAGGGGGGCUGCGAGGCUGCAGGGGGGCUGCGAGGCUGCAGGGGGGACUACGAGGCUGCAGGGGGACUGCGAGGCUGCAGGGGGGCUACGAGGCUGCAGGGGGACUACGAGGCUGCAGGGGGGCUACGAGGCCGCAGGAGGGGCUACGAGGCUGCAGGGGGACUACGAGGCUGCAAGGGGGGAGGCUGUGAGGGGGACUACGAGGCUGCGAGGGGGACUACGAGACUGCAAGGGGGCUGUGAGGCUGCAAGGGGGGAUGCGAGGGGGAACUACGAGGCUGCAAGGGGGAGGCUGCGAGGGGGACUACGAGGCAGCAAGGGGGAGGAUGUGAGGCUGCAAGGGGGCUGCGGGGGGGACUACGAGGCUGCAAGGGGGAGGCUGGGCUACGAGGCUGCAAGGGGGUACGAGGCUGCAAGGGGGUUACGAGGGGGGGGACUACGAGGCUGCAGGGGGGCUACGAGGCUGCAGGGGGCUGCGAGGCUGCAGGGGGGGAGGCUGCAGGGGGUACAAGGCUGCAGGGGGCUACGAGGCUGCAGGGGGGGGAGGCUGCAAGGGGGCUGCGAGGCUGCAAGGGGGGAGGCUGUGAGGCUGCAAGGGGGCUGCGAGGCUGCAAGGGGGAGGCUGCGAGGGGGGGACUACGAGGCUGCGAGGGGGAGGCUACGAGGCUGCAAGGGGGACUGUGAGGCUGGGGGACUGCGAGGCUGCAAGGGGGAGGCUGUGAGGCUGCAAGGGGGGCUGCAAGGGGGAGGCUGUGAGGCUGCAAGGGGGAGGCUGCGAGGGGGACUACGAGGCUGCAAGGGGGAGGCUGCGAGGGGGCUGCGAGGCUGCAAGGGGGAGGCUGUGAGGCUGCAAGGGGGGCUGCGAGGGGGACUACGAGGAAGCAAGGGGGAGGAUGUGAGGCUGCAUGGGGGAGGCUGCGAGGGGGGAUUACGAGGCAGCAAGGGGGAGGCUGUGAGGCUGCAAGGGGGACUACGAGGCUGCAAGGGGGCCUGCGAGGCUGCAAGGGGAGGCUGCGAGGGGGGGACUACGAGGCUGCGAGGGGGAUUACGAGGCUGCAAGGGGGGCUGUGAGGCUGCAAGGGGGGCUGCGAGGCUGCAAGGGGAGGCUGUGAGGCUGCAAGGGGGGCUGUGA